AUGGGCUGGAAGAAGAAAGCAGACGAGGCGCUCGCCAAGCGCGAUGCCGCUAUACCGACAGCAUGGCGAUUGACCGGCACGCUACCGCGCAACUCGACACCGCUCCUUAUGACGUCAGGUAUCAUGGACACCGUUGAGCUCGCGAUCGUAGAGCUGUCCGCAACGGCGCUGGCCGCAGCCAUCGCCUCGACGCAGUACACAAGCGUACAAGUCGCGACGGCAUACUGCAAAGCGGGAUCGAUUGCGCUGCAGGCCACCAACUGUCUCAUCGAGAUCUUCCCGGACGAGGCCCAUGAGCGAGCUGAAUGGCUUGACGCCGAGCUCGAGCGAACAGGCAAGACGGUCGGGCCCCUGCAUGGAGUGCCGGUUUCGAUCAAGGACCACAUCGAUGUCAAGGGCCAUGACUCGCCGUGUGGAUUCCUCAGUCUGGUGGGCAAGAUGGUGGCCACAGAGGACGCGUACAUGGUCUCGGUCUUGCGCGCCGCCGGGGCCGUCUUCUACUGCAAAAGUACAAACCCACAAAGCAUUAUGCAUCUCGAGACAAGCGGAUACUAUGGGGUCACGGUGUGCCCAUACAACCGUGACUUGACAUCAGGCGGUUCUUCAGGCGGCGAAGGUGCCCUUAUUGGUAUGAAAGGGUCACCCCUCGGCGUCGGCACGGACAUUGGCGGCUCGGUACGAUCGCCGGCAGGUGCAUGCGGUAUCUUCUCGUUCAAGCCGACCGUCGGUCGCAUACCUUACCUCGGGUGCCAAGAACCAGCGUCUCCGCCCGGCUGGGACGGUAUCGAGGGCACCCACGGCCCGAUGGCACGUCACGAGGACGACCUUGAGCUGUACAUGAGGAUCAUCCUCGACAGCCGUCCGUGGCUCGCUGAUCCCAGCACUCAGUUUCGACCUUGGAGUCCCGCACCACCUCUGGGUCGCAAGUUGCGUAUUGGCAUUCUCAGCGAGGACGGUGUCGUCCGCCCCGUGACGCCUAUUCGGCGCGCGCUCGGGUGGGCAGUGGACAAACUGCGAUCGUCGGGGCAAUUUGACAUUGUCGACUAUACGCCGUACGAUGGCGCCAGGGCGUGGAGCCUCAUCAGCAAGCUAUACUGGGCGGCCGACGGUGGUUCGACAGUGUACGACAACAUCAAGCCCUCUGGCGAGCCCGUUAUCCCGCUCACAAAAUGGAUCAUCGACGAAGGUGGAUGGGGUGGCAAGCCCGCUCCAACGGUCAAACUCGUCAAGUGUCUGGCUGAGCGCGACGACUUUCGCCUCGCGUUUGCUCAUCACUGGCAAGACUCGGGCGUUGAUGUCGUCCUUUCACCCGUCGGGCCGUCGCCAGCCCCACAGCAUGGCACCUCAAAGUACUGGAAUUACACUUCCUUCUGGAACCUCGUCGACUACCCUGCGGCAGUGUUCCCAACUGGCCUGUUUUGCAAGGAGUCGGACAAAGAGGACCCAGAGUACAAGGCGCGCAACGAGCGCGAGAAAUAUGUUCUCGACACGUACGACCCGAGCGUUUCUGUUGGAGCGCCGCUCUGUCUCCAGCUGAUUGGGAGAUGA